AUGAGGGGGCUCCGAGUCCGCUACCAGCUCCUGCCCGGCCAGGACGAGGACCCGCCCGUGGGAUGCGAGGACCCAGCUGGAGAGGGCCAGAGGGGCUGGGAGGGAGCCCCAGCAGCAGCUGAGGAGGAGCCGUGCAGGCUGGUGCUGAGCACACCCAGCAGCAUCCUGCGGGACAGGGACAUCGACGAGCUGGGCCCACAGCUGCCCCCGCGCCUGACGCAGCAGCCCUGGCAUCUGCUCUACUCCACCGGGCGGGACGGCUUCAGCCUGCGGACGCUCUACCGGAGCGGGGCCCGGCCGGACUCCCCGGCCCUGCUGCUCAUCAGGGACACGGAGGCGCAAGCCUUCGGCGCCUUCUCCGCCAGCGCCAUUCGCAGCAGCAGCGGCUUCUACGGCACGGGGGAGACCUUCCUCUUCUCCUUCUGCCCCGAGCUGAAGGUGUUCAGGUGGACGGGCAGGAACGACUUCUUCGUAAAAGGGGAUGUGAAUCUGCUGAUGAUCGGUGGGGGCAGCGGUAGGUUUGGGCUGUGGCUGGACGGGGAUCUGCACCACGGGGGCAGCCAGCCCUGCGAGACUUUCGACAACGAGACCCUCUCACACCGGGAGGAGUUCUGCAUCCAGGAUCUGGAAAUGUGGGGUCUGGCCUCACCCCAAUGA